AUGGCGACUAAGCGAGAAAGAAGCAGUAAUUGGUCACUGUCAGAAAUCAGUAUUUUGACUGAAUUUUUUGAGAAAAAUGAAGAUGUUUUGAAGGCAAAGCAAAGCAAUUUGAUAACUAAUUUGCGGAAGAAUGCAAAAUGGGCAGAGGUGACCGAAAUAAUAAAUGCAGUGGGUAUUCAGCGGCACACGGUUGACCAGGUAAAAUUUAAGUGGGGUAACUUGCAGCAAAGUGCCAAGAAAAGUUUCAGCGCUGCACGGAAACAGGCUAAACUCACUGGCGGAGGCCCUCCACCAAAGCCCCCAACCGCGGCUGAAGAGAAAAUCAUCGAUAUGAUAAAAGAUCGACCUAAUUUCAGCGGCAUUGUUGGGGGCUUCAAGUCCUCAAUGCCCGUCACAACAGUGGUUUUAAAGGAUGCUGAGUUAGAUGCUACCGGUUCCUCUUCCUCUGUGGAAUACGAAGAAAGUCCGCAGGUUUUAUGUUGUCAAAAGACACACAUCGGACUCAAGAAUGUGAAGAUUCAGAAGGACAUUGAGCGGUCAGAACUUGAAACUGAAAACUUGAGGCUGCGGAAUGCCAAGUUAACCCAUGAAAUUGAGCUCUUAAAACAAAAUCUUGCGCAAAAUGAAAAUGCCUUGCUUGCAUUGCAAGCUUUAUCUGAUGAGUAA